CACCAACCAACUGCUCUAUCAACAAAAUAAAUUCCAUACCCUUUGAAAACCCAACUAUCAACACCGCAACCCAUUCAAAAACUCUUCUAUAUAAACAAACCCAUUUUACUCAAUCACUCAUCUUCCCUACUACACCCCCAAAUCUUCCAUUACAACCCUAAAAACACUUGAAAAAUGUCCGCCCAAUUCAUCGAAAAACACCGCGAAAAUGCGGAAGUAUACACUGGUGCAGAGAUAUGUAAGCAAAAAUCACUAGAACUUUUGCUAGAAAUCAACAUGCCAAACGGCCUUCUACCGAUGAAUGAUAUAGAAGAAGUAGGUUACAAUCGGACUACCGGAUUUGUAUGGCUGAUUCAGAAAAAAGCGAUCCAGCAUAAGUUCGAGAAGAUCGGGAAAUUGGUAUCAUAUGAUACUCAUGUGACAGCGUUUGUUGAGAAUCAAAAGAUGAAGAAAGUUCAUGGAGUAAAAGCUAAAGAACUAUUGAUAUGGAUUACUCUUAAUGAGAUCUAUAUUGAUGAUCCUAGUUCUGGUAAAAUUACUUUUGGUACUCCUACUGGUAUUUCUCGAUCUUACCCUAUUUCUGCGUUUGAGGUUGAACAAAAAGAAAAGGAAAACGAGAAGGAAGCAGAGGAGAAGAAAUGAAAAAAAAAAAAUUGUCAUAUUCAAUUAAAAUAAUAAUAAAAAAAUAUUUGGAUAAAUUUUAUGAGACAGAGGAGUAAUUUUUAAUUGUUUUUUUUUUGUGUGUGACUUAUAUGAAAGAACAAAGACGUAUAGUAGUACUUAUUUGUAAUCACGUAUACUCUUAUUUAGUUGAUGUAUUAAAUGCUUUUAAUGUUGUAAAAAAACUAUGUUUAAAUUAAUUUAUAUGUAUUUCUUACGUCA